CAAGGCAAGGCAAGAAUGUGAAGAAAUCACACUACAAAUUCUACAAGAGUGUUUACCUAAUAUACAUAGAUAGAUAUUGUAAUAAGCACAACAAUUUAGUUAUAAGCAUAUUUUUGUAGAAUGCUUUUAGACUGCUUUCAACAGUUUAAUUUUUUUUUAACAAAUUGUUUGAAUUUAUAACGCGCUUGGCGCCAUUCAAACACAGUGCUGUCAAAUACUCUUUGGUGAGUGCUGUGCGCUAUGCAUUAAAUUUAUCAACACUGCUGAAAAUCUCUGAUGCACGGCAAGAAAAAAGCAAAAGACUCAAUUUAUAACACAAAAAGUAAUAGCAAUUGACAAAAUCAACUAUUUUCCAAGCGUCUGGGCGAUAAAGGAUAAUGCACGGAACCUACGCCAGCGAGCAGCCAACAGAUUUUCAGGCAGCCACCGCCGCAGCAGCAGCAGCGGCGGCAGCUGCUGCAGCCGCUGCCUCUGCUUCCGUCUCUGCAAUGCGAACAACAGCUGAGCAAAGGGACUUAGAACGGGAGCAGAGUAGCAAUGAGCCUGAUGAGUGGAGCAUGAGUGAAUGUGGGUUUGCGGACAGCGAAGUACAACGUGCAAUACGCGGUGGCAGCGCCGCCGAAGACAUUACACAAUAUCCCAUACAUGGUUGGGUGGAUGUGACGGAGGAGUUCCACGAUGCAUGCUCUGAGCUGUUGCCCGGCGAGCUGGCCCAAGAUAUGCUGUUCGGGUUAUUUGAGGCUAUGUCUGCGAUAGAGAUAAUGGAUCCCAAAAUGGAUGUGGGCAUGGGCUUUGACAAAUUCGAUUUGCCACCGCCCUCCUUUGAAGCAGCCGUAGCGAUGGGUGCAAUUAAGCUGGAUGGCUUAGAGCCCGCUGAGCUGAUUGGCAUUUUUGAUGCACUGUUUGCCUGUUUGGUCUCCUGGCUGGAAGGCAAUUCAAUGGAUCAGGUGCUCUUCACCUGCCUCUAUCUGCAUGCCCCAUCACAGAUUCAGGAUAAGGCGCUGCGCGUCUUUUGCACCGCUGUGCGCAAUCUCAUUGUGGUAAUUAAAAACAUCAUCAUAUUGGCUGCAGUAAACGAGGAAGAGGACUUUCAAUUGUAUGGCAAUUCGGCGCUGCUGGCAGCGGAAAAGGCACAACCCUCAACAAUUGCGGGUCUAUUGAAGGAAGUGGAGGAUGAGCUGGUGCGCAAGUGCAAGCAACUAACGACCAUUGAGAAUCAAAGUUUGAUGGCUGUGGUGCAUCGAUUGCGCUUUAUGCGCCAUUUGUUUCAAGCCAUCUACCAAGUGGAGCUGAUGGUGGGCGCUGAGAGUGCCGAGGAGGCAGUGAAUGAGAUUUAUAAGAAUCUGAACGUGGCUUCCGAGCUGCUACCGCUUAUCAAACGCACCAUCGAACGUGGCACACAGCCCGUGGAGGGUUCUGAGGCACCUAAUCCCAUGGGCUUCUCGCCGCGCAUACAUGACAGAAGCCAACCGCCUACGUUUCCACGCAGCAUCAAAAUACGCGAACGCCCCGCCAGCUACCAAUUUCUGGAGGAAAUGGUGGCACGCUUUAAGUAUGCCUGCAAGGUGAUCAGAUACAAGGACUACUACUCGGCGCUGAACUUCUUCAUUGAGUACAGCCGUAAGUCGGGGCACUGUAUUCUCUCACGCAGCGUGCUUCAGAGCCUCUUCAGCUCGAGCAUACGCUUGGCUCACGGCAAACAGUCGAUGAAGCAAUUCCUAAGACAUUCGGUGCAGGCUUUUAAUUCACCUCCAGUACUGAACGCCAAGCAUCCGGUGGCCAACGAUCCCAAGGUGCAACAGCACUUGGAAACCUUCUUUCGCUAUUGCAUCAAUAUGAACACCUUCAAUCAGUUUAUACGACUGUGCGGCUUUAAUCGUGCUAGACAGCGCGAUAAGCUGGCGCAUCUAAUUGAGAACUUUGAUCCGCUACAGGUGGAUGCGGCUCGGUUGGAUUCACUGAUGAACCAGCUGGCCAAUGAUCGUGCCAUGGAGGGCAACGAGUCGCAUGCAACGGCGCUAAAGCACAGCACACACUUCUCCACCUGGGUGCUCUACAAUUGUUUUCGUGCAAUGCUUAUAUAUUUGAUGUCUGGCUUUGAGCUGGAACUGUAUGCUGUGCAUGAGUUUCUAUAUAUCUAUUGGUAUCCGUACGAGUUUCUAGUCGGAUUUUUGGUUUCUGCCUUAACGCGCACCGAGAAUAUAUUGCUGGCACAGGAGGAAUAUGCCGAGCAUCAAAGCAGAAUUCAAUUAAAUGGCGGUGGCAGCGGAUCUGGUAGCAAGAAUCGCAAAGCGGCUAAGCCCAAAAAGAAUAAGAAACAACAGCGUCCCUAUCGCCAGGAGAUUGUUUACUAUCAUGCGCUGCUCAGCUUGUGCGGCGGCAUGUACAAAGCAAUGGGUGCACUAACCAAAGACGGACGUGUGCGUCUGCCCAUGUCGAAAUUCGAUAAUGAGGAAAUACGCUAUAAUCGACGCUUCGCGCCGUUUGUGCCGUUGACUAGCCCGCCGCCUGUUUCCUAUGCUGAAUUUAAGAGUAUACGCGAUCACAUGAUGCUCAAUAGUGUCGAGGAGCUCUACAGCUUAGCAGCCAAACACUUCGAUCAGGCCCGUAAUGUGCUAGAGAGCAUACAGAAUCCAGAGCAGGAAAUAUUGGAUCUGCUUCAAAUAGCGCGCACAAACUUUGUGGUUAUGAAUGUGCUAGCUCGUGGUCAUCAGAAGGACCUCAAGCGUCAACCAGAGUUCGAUUUCAGCAAGCAUAGCUAUUUUCCAAUUAUCAAACUAAAGUAGUCAACAUCGAUUUGU